UGACGAGUCGUCGGCCGGCUGGCCGGCCAUCCCGGACUGAGCCCCUCGCGCGCUAUAAAACCAGCUCACCUGCUCGCCCCCGGCUGACCACCUCCACCGCAGCAUCUCACCAGAGGCCGGAGCUAGCACGAGAGCUGAAGAGCCAGGCGGCCAGGCCGAAGCCAAGAACAAGAAGGGCGCGCGCGCUCGAUUCCCUUCUCUCUUCCUCGAUCCCCCGAUCCCGAGCGGGAGCUCCGAGCAGCGACGGCGGCGGAGAUGGUGGCGGCGAUCGCGGUGGCCUCGGCGGGCCUGGGGAUGCUGGCGGGCGUCGCCAUGGCCAACAAGUCGUCCGAGGGCGGAGCCGCGCAGUGGAGGCCCGGGCCGCCGCCGGCCGCGCUGCGGUGGGGCGGAGGCGCGCCGCGCUGCGAGGCGUGCGGCGGGUCGGGCAAGGAGGAGUGCCGCCUGUGCGCGCGCUGGUCCGACGCCGGGGCAAGGGGCAGCCGCCGGUCCGGCUGCGGGGCGUGCGCCGGCACGCGGCGGACGCCGUGCCGGAGCUGCGGCGGGUCAGGGACCGGCCGGCGCGCGCCCGUGCGCGUCGCAACCUCAGGGCGCGCGGCCCCGACCGCCUGGUCCGCCAGAUGAGACGACGAGACGAGCCGGCCUGAGCCGAUCCGUCGCGGCGGCGCCUCUUCGCCUCUCCUCGACCCGGCUGCCGGAUCAUGGAUGAAGGCUCUGUCCUCUGUCUCUGUGCGGCAACCUGCCGGAACGGACAGAGGAGCCGCGGCGUCGAGUUGUUUCUUCCUCUUUUGUUUCCUGGCUGGAGAAAGAUUAGAGAGAAUUUUUGUAACAAAAGAUAGUAUAUACACUAGAUUAGCGACUUGAUCAAUAUAUCUUGGCAUAGCAAGGUUGAUUCCAAACAGCUCGUCUCUCAGCUGAUCUCCAAUUCGCUCGCUUCCUUGCUUGUUCAUGUCAAGAUUUAACCUCUGCCUUCUCUCUCUCUCCCCCCCUCUCAAAAAAUAAAAAUAAAAAUUAACCUCUGCCUGCCAAGAUCUUUUCUGGCGAGGAUCGA